CUCACCCGAGUGGACGAGUUCGUGGGCAUGCUGGACAUGCUGCGCGGGGACUCCUCCCACGUCGUCAGCGAGGGCGUGCCGCGCAUCUACGCCAAGGCCACCGAGAUGCGGCAGGUCUACGGCAAGAUCGACCGACUCGAGGCCUUCGUGGCGAUGAUCGGCGCCAGCGUGGCCAGGAUGGAGGAGCAGGUCGCCCGGGCGGAGGCCGAGCUGGGCGCGUUCCCCAGCGCGUUCAGGAAACUGCUGCACACGAUCGCCGCGCCCUCCUUCUUCAACAAGGCGCCCUCCGGCCGGGCGCGGCCGAGCGGCUACGAACCCCCCGUCCUGUUUCGGACCGAGGACCACUUUCCCUGUUGCAGCGAGAGACCUCAGAGCUGAGGCCGCCCGACAGCCCUGCAAGGGCAGCGCCCCGCCCGGGAUGAUCUCGAGUAUCAGAUCCGUCGGAAAUUCCGCGGAGAGGCAUACACGAUGUUGGAGUCCGGCGUAGUUCUCUUUUGCACACUUACUUCCCGCGGUCUUCAUGAUGCGUAAGGAUGUAUGGUUUUGUGUGUCUUCCGAUGCUAAACGGAGGGCCGCUCAGGCCGGGGUGGGGGCGUCGGAGAAGAAAAUGACCGAGCUUUGCGGCGCCCUGUGGCAGAACUGUUAUUUUUCUGGGUUUUACAGCUCAGCUAACAGUGUAAACUUUUCCGAGUUUCUAUGUUUUGUCCUCUUAGGAAGAACUGCUGAGCUGUUCAGGUCUUAGCGUUCGAUCCCAGUAGUGAUCCCAUGUUCUGUAGCUUACUUUUAGGGUAGAUGCUAAGUUAUUUCACGUCAUAUUAAACGUUUCGUAUUAUGGGUCGUCGGCCGAAGGAAGUGAACGGUAGAAUCUCCGAGAUGUAUUGACUUAUCACAUCUGAUUCUCAAGUUGUAUUGGAAAGUACGCCCCGCGAUGUUGGUUUGUCCACAGCAAACAAGCCUAUAUGUGGUGGCCGACGUUUGGUUUAUAAUUUAAAUAUUAAUAAAAAGUUUAUAUUUUAUUGGAAAAGCUUUUCUUCUGAA